AUGGUCGGUGUUACAUCCACCGAGAAGACAUUCGCCGUUGGUUUUGCUUUUUUGGAGUGUGAAAAAGAGGGUAAUUUUAGGUGGGCCUUGGAGGUGUGUCUCUCACUUUUGAAAAAACAAUUUGAGAUGCCUAAUGCGAUUGUUACGGACUGCGACCCCGCUUUGAUGAAUGCGGUUGCAAAGGUAUUUCCUUCUUCAAACACAUUACUUUUUCGAUAUCACAUAUUAUGUAAUGUGAGAAGUAAGGUUAAACUCGCUGUGGGGAGAAAACAAGUUGCGACCGAAGGUGGGAAAGUGGUGAAGCCCGGAGUGAUUGCUGACCAAAUAAUGGAUGCAAGGGUUCGUAUUGCAAAUUCGUCGACAAAAGAAUUAUAUGCCGAUGCUGUAUUCACCAUUCUUGACAAAGUGAAGGAGAAGUUUGAUUGUUUGCGGACUGAUAAGGUCAGACACCUCGGGAAUACAACCACCAAUAAAGUUGAGUCGGCACAUGCUACUUUGAAAAAUUGGUUAUGUGAUAGCAAGGGUGAUUUGUGUAAAGCAUGGGACACCAUAAAUCACAUGAUUUCGAACCAACACAACGAAAUACAAACGCCGUUCGGUCGGAGCAUUAUGGUUUUGGAGCAUCGAUUUAAGAACAACAUUAUUUACUCUCAAUUGAUAGGCAAUGUGUCUCGGGCCGGAUUGAAUUAUAUCUUUCACAGGGAGAAUCAAGGUGAAACAAUUGAUGGCGAUACCGCAAAGUGUGGUUGCAUUAUUACUAUCAUGCAUGGUCUCCCGUGUGCUUGUGCUAUUUCUAAAAAAGUGAGAUUAUGUGAGCCAAUAACAAUGAAUGAAAUCACUCCUCAUUGGAAGAGACUUAGUUUUGAUGACGAUGGUUGUGUCGAAGAAGAUUCAAAUAUCUCUAUUAUUUCCGAAUUGGAGAGAUACAAGAGAGGUUUUUGA